GCCAAGUAUCCAGUAGCUAUCUACUAGUCAUGGAUCUCUUCGCACAUGAAAUCGGACACGGCCUCCCCGUCCUAAUAAUCCACGGAUGGCAAAUGAACAGCCAAGUCGAAGAAAUGGACUUUGAGCCAAUCUUCAGCACAACAACCGGUCUUCGCCGUAUUUACGUGGACCUCCCCGGCCACGGGAGAACAGCAGCGCUCAACAUCAAAAAUCUAGACGAUAUCUACGCCCGCCUGGUGGAAUUCAUUGAUCGUCGACUUGGAACAGAGCGAUUUCUCCUCGUCGGCUCGUCGUGUGGCGCAUACCUUGCUCGUGCGAUCGCUGUGAGAUAUAUCCGCCAAGUCGACGGGUUAUUACUACGUGUGCCUGUGGUCCAUCCGAACAAUAGUUUUCGCGAUCUCGAUCCCUUCCAACCGCUAGUGCUUGCCAAUGAGCAACCGGUGCCGGCUGGUCUUGGGAACGUCCUCAUCCAAACGCCCGCGUAUAUUGAUGCUUUGAAGAGGAAAUACGAGGUGUACAUUGCUGCAGAGAGGCAAGCGGACAAUACAGUGUUAGAUCCGAUCAGAGUAGAUCCAGAUCGGUACAAGUUGAAUGUCUCCUCCUUGGACGACAAGGUUCUAGCACCCACGCUCGUUGUGUGUGGUCGGCAGGACGAAGACGUAGGCUACCGAGACAGUCUGCGCCUGCUGGAGGUGUAUCCGCGGUCGACGUUUGUGGCGCUGGACCGGGGGACUCAUGGGCUGCCGGUUGAUGAAACGGGGCUUUUUGAGGCGUUGGUGAAGGACUGGAUAGCGAGGGUGGACGAGUGGCGUGGACUUGGCCGUGAUGCGUAGAUACAGUCUACGACUAUCUUGCUUAAAAUUGGUCCUUCUAGACCUAAAAGCGAGGUCAUUGGUUAUGUCAUACUUAUAUAAGUGAAAACAUGCAAAUAUUCUC